ACCUGACCUGAUAGCGGAUAUAUGGAGAUAAAUCAUUGUCAUUUCUCUCGCGUUCCUUCCAUUGCCGGCGCUCUUCACACGGUUAAUUGCAGAACUCGCAUAUCUCACUGCAGCAUUACUUAUCGGAAGUUGUUCUGGCUGAAAUCCCGAACCCUCCUUCUGAAAUCAUCGUCUUCCCUCUAUGAUCAACCUUCGGUUGUUCACGACAGUCUCCGAGUCCUAGAGUGGGACAAGGUCUGCGAUGCCGUCGCCUCCUUUGCUGGUACUUCACUUGGCAAGGAAGCCACCAAGGAAAAGCUGUGGAAUUUGAGACAAACGUUCGAUGAAAGUGUCACACUGUUACAGGAAACUAGCGCUGCUGUGGAAAUGCAUAAGUACGGUGCAAUGAAGGAGUUUACUGGGAUUGAUAUAGAACUGGUGAAACUUGCAAUCCAAUGUGCACAUAGGGACUCUACGGUUAGUGGGAAUGAAGCAGUUGCACUUGCAUCUCUGUUACAGUUUGCUGAAGCUUUAAAGUCAAAUGUUAAAUCUGCAAUCAAACAAGAUUCAAAGUGGUACCAAUGCUUCAUGCCUCUUACUGAAAUGGUUAUGGAACUUGAGGCAAGCAGAUCGUUGGUCAGCUUCAUACAACAGCUAGUUGAUGAAGAUGGCUCUGUUAAGGAUUCUGCGGUAACUACUAUGGUGAUAUUUCUACAACUUCAUGGCUUGUGUUAACUAAUGCCUACAAAUUCCUGUUUAGAGCUCCAUUUUGAAACAAUCACGUGAUCAAGUUCAUUUGCUGGAAAGGAAGUUAUACCAGUUGCUGGAGGCUUUGAUUAGAAAUGAAACAAAGGAAACAGCAUCUUUGGAAAUGCGUACUGUUGAUGGCAGAUGGUGCAUAACUUCUGGGUCUGAUCAGCGAGUGGGCCUUGAAGGUCUUCUGUUGUUUAGUGGUUCAGGUAUGGGAAGCAUUGUAGAACCUCUACCAGCUGUUGCAUUAAAUGACGAGUUGCAAAGAGCCAGGGCGUCUGUUACUAAGGCUGAGAAUGAUAUACUCUUUAAGAUAACAAAGAAGAUGCAAGAGGGUCUUCAGUGCAUUGAAAAUACAUUCAGUAUCAUAGUCAGACUAGAUACUAUCAAUGCUCGAGCACAGUAUAGCCUUUCAUAUGGAGGCACAUAUCCUGAAUUGUAUUUUCCACAUGACAAGGGCAAGUCUGUUGCUGCUGAUGUAAUGUUGGAGGACAGAACCUCCAUAACAUCACAUCCGUCUCUGGAAGAAUGGACUUUGUAUCUACCGAAGUCAUAUCAUCCUUUACUGCUGCAGAAGCACCGGGAAAGCCUUAACAAUGCGAUGAAGCAUGCCCGGAAUGCCACUUCAGAAAUCAGGAGGAAACAGCAAAGAGAAGGAUUUACUCGUGAAAAAUCAAAUUUGGACAUAUUUUCCUUGGAGAUGGAGGUUGCUGAAAUUAAAAAUACUCCUCCUGUUCCUGUUGACAUAUUCAUUGCCAGAAAUACUAAAGUUCUGGUCAUUACGGGCCCAAAUACUGGAGGAAAAACCAUUAGCUUGAAGACAGUUGGGUUGGCUGCUAUGAUGGCAAAGUCGGGCCUUUAUGUUUUAGCUUCUGAACCAGUGAAGAUCCCUUGGUUUGACUGUGUGUUAGCUGAUAUUGGUGAUGAGCAGUCCUUAUCUCAGUCUUUGUCUACCUUUUCAGGCCACCUAAAACAGAUUACUAAUAUUCAGUCUUGUUCAACAAGUAUGUCCCUCGUGCUACUAGACGAAGCUUUAUUGCUUUGAGCAUGCAUCAUUGCACCCCAGUGCUUUACAGAGGAGUAAAUCGAAUGCUAUGCUUCAUUAUGGGAUGCAAAGUCUCAUAAAUGGGGUUUAAAGUCUGAUAGAAAUGACCUAGGAUGCUCUGGGGUGCCCGAAUAAAUAAGUAAAAUAAAAAACAGUAUGUAAAAGCUAGUUUAUUCAUACUUCCUGUCAUAUAGGUAGGUGCUGGGACAAAUCCUCUGGAGGGAGCUGCAUUGGGUAUGUCAUUGCUAGAAUCUUUUGCAGAUGCUAGUUCUUUGCUUACCUUAGCUACAACACAUCAUGGAGAACUCAAGACCCUUAAGUACAGUAACGAGGGCUUUGAAAAUGCAUGUAUGGAAUUUGAUGAAGUGAAUCUAAAGCCAACGUAUAAGAUCCUUUGGGGAAUUCCAGGACGUUCAAAUGCAAUCAAUAUUGCUGAAAGACUUGGAAUGCCUAAGGCAAUUCUGGAUGAUGCUCGUGAAAUUUAUGGAACAGCCAAUGCAGAAAUUAACGAGGUUAUACUUGACAUGGAGAGAUUUAAGCACAAGUCUCAUGAGCAAGUCCAUGAGGCUCAACAUUACUUGGAGCUGUCAAGAGAGCUAUAUGAGAAGGUACUUAUUGCGAGAAAGAGAAUCAUUGAACACGGGAUUGAGCAAAGAUACAGGAAGAUGGAAGAAAUUUCUCGCUUAGAAGCAGCAGCACGCUCUGAACUUCACAGGAAAGCCCGGCAGUUCCGUGCAUCUCGCAGGCAACUCUCUGAGAGAUAUUCAGAUGCUUUUGGAAAGGAGACUUCUAAGACACUGGAAACUGAGAGUUUUGAAGCUACCAGGGAUGAAAAUGCUGGCAAAAGCUUAAAGCCUCAGGUUUUAGCAGAGAAGAGAGCGAUGCUACCCAAGGUUGGGGACAUGGUGCAGGUUCUUUCUCUUGGCAAAAAAGCUCUAGUUCUCAAAGUGGAUUCUUCUCGAGGGGAAGUUGUCAUUCAAGCCGGUAACAUGAGGCUUAAAUUGAAAGCUUCAGAUGUUGUAACUUGAUUUGUAGGGGUUCGUCCAUAAUCCAAUGUGCUUUUUCUGCAAUUGGUAUUAUACCAUUUGUUAGUAAUUAAUACAAUUUUGGUAGAAUGCACGGCUUUUCUACCCCAGCAUAAGCAUCUCCAUUAGAAUAUGGCAAUUUGUCAUUCUAUAUCUUGCAUUCUUACACAAGGAUGCGGGAUGCAUUGUAUAUAGAGUAGCUUGGUCAACUUCAUUUUUGCUGAAAAUGAAGUCUAUGAUCCAAAUUAUUUAUCAUUAGAAUCCAUGAGCAGUUUCAAACGUUGGAGCACUAAAAACUUUA